ACAUCUACUUUUUUGAGAUAAAUCAACAGUAAUAUACAUUGUUUCCACUUUUCAGCUGAAUUUUGUCUUCAUUUUACUUGACGCUGGAAUAAUUACUAAUGCUAUUUACUUCUGUAAUCCAAAAGUGCACGUAUAUUUUCUAUUAUUUUCGAGGAUAAUGGUUUUUGAAAUGAUUCAUUGUAAACUUCGUCAUUUAAGCCUCGGUACCUCAGGUAGUCGGAAGUGUCGAAAGUACUUUGUUUGAAAUUUAGUUUUAAGUUGUUUUCAAUUUAUGUAGACGCCUCAUUGCCAGCUUUAUGAGUGUUGGGACUCGGAAGUUCGAGAAUUUAAAUUAUUUUAUAACCAUGGCUGCCAGCUUAAAGUUGUUGAUGACCUUACUUUUUAUCUCCUCUCCAGCCUGGACUGCCAGUUGUCCAGGAAGCGAAAAUUGUCAGACAUGCGAAGUUGCUGCUAACGAUCUCUAUUACCUGCAUUAUGGCAUAAUUGAAAAUCUAGAUUUGUCUUCUAUAUUUCAUGGACCUAAAACUGCUAUAAUCAACUGCAAAAAUCCGUCGAAUAAAUCAGAUUUGUCUAAUUUGAAUUAUUACGCUGAUAACAAACAUACAAUUAAAUUUGUAACUAUCACAAAUAUCAAUGUAGUGACAGUACCAUCCAAUUUAUUUUCAAAAGCAUUUAAUUUGGAAUAUUUGGAUUUGUCACAAAAUCAAAUAACAUUCAUUUCUGGCGAAUUAUUCAACGAUUGUAAUAAUUUAAAUAGUUUAAAUCUUAGUUCCAAUCACCUUUCGACCGAGAGUUUCAACUCUGACCAAGCUUUUCCAGGAUUGGAAAAAUUGGAGUAUUUUGAUUUAUCUAACAAUUUGAUAUCGUCACUUGACAAAAAUCUUCUCUAUGGACUAUCAUCAUUGCGUUAUUUGGAUAUGAGUCGCAACAACAUGAAAACUAUUCAUCCUCAAGCAUUUCUCAGUCUAUCAAGUCUCAAAACUAUAGACUUUUCUUACAACGCUCUUACGUUGAAGGAAAAUAAUAUGUUUAACUUCGAAUAUGGUCCAGUGUCACCAUUCCACCACUCUCAACAAACUUUGGAAGAGAUAAACCUUGCUUACAACAAUAUUGACGAAAUUUUUGGAGAUUGGAUCUUUGCAACUAGAUUAAAAAUUCUGAAUUUAAGUCACAAUCACUUUAGUGUUAUUGAGGACACAGAAAUGCAGUUUCUGUCAAAUCAAAUUAAUGUGGAUUUAUCUUUCAACGGCAUAAGAAAAAUAAACUACGGGCAAGUGGAAUUUUUAGAUAGAUAUUCUGUUGAUGACAUUGUUGUAAACAUUGAGAAUAAUCCGAUUCGAUGCGGCUGCGAUAUGUCUAAAAUGGCUCUAUUUUUAGAAUUGAAGUAUCCUAAAGUUGAUAAGAGAUUUAUCAGUUCAUCAAUUGAUAAAUUCAAGUGCGGCGAAAAGAAUCAGAUCGCUAAUUCUGUAUGUAAAUUAGAUCACCCUUUGGAAACAAUGAUUGGAGCGUGUCCUUCUCGUUGUAAUUGUAUUAUUAACCCAGAGAAGAAAUCCAUAUUGGUGAAUUGCUCCUAUCGUGGCCUCGAUGAAGCACCAGCGACAAUUCCUUGGUUCGCGGGAGCGAAUGUCGAAGUGAAUUUAACUGGGAACCACUUAACAAAAAUUCCGUCGAGAAAUCAAAAAGGAUACGAGCAUGUAACUGUUCUCGCAUUGUCGCAUAACAAAAUUUCUAAAAUUCCAAUAGAUAUGCCAUUGGAAAAUUUAGAAAAAUUAUACCUGGACAACAAUGAAUUAGUAAGAAUUGAUUAUGAAGUACUAAACGUACUGCGUACGUCAACGAAAAUAAAAAAUCUCAGUUUACAUGGGAACAAAUUAAAGUGUAAUUGUCAUGCGCGUAAUUUAACCGUCUUAAUUCAGAUGAUGGAGCAGAAAAUUCCUGAAUUAAGAAAUGUUACUUGUUAUGGCUACGACUUACCUAUUUAUACAAUCAAUUUAAAUAGGCUUUGUUCUUCAACGCGUUAUUGGAUUCUUGUCGUAUGCAUUAUCAUCGGUAUUUUGGGAUUUAUCGGUGGAAUAAUUUUAACGCUAUAUUUGAUUAAAAGAAAUAGACAUAAUAACAUAAGAAAAACCGUUUAUGAUAACAAACAUGGUUUAAAAUCUAUUUUUUUUAUAAAUUUUAAUAUAAAAUCUGUUGCUUGUAAAAAAUCUUUUAAAAAAUUUUCACUAAUUUUCAGAAUAAAAAAAAUGAUUUGGCUUCAAUGGUGUCUGGCGUUCAGUCUCAUCUCAUCAAACUGGGCUAACGAAUGUCCCAAAGGUAAACUCUGUAAUUCAUGUGAGCUUUUAGAACCAGGGGAGUACAGAAUAAGUUGUAAAAAUAAAUAUCCAACUUUCAUGAUUGACUACAAACCGGAAACUUUCUUAAAUGUUUAUUGUUUGGGUGGCGACUUUGCUGACUUUGACCUAGGUUCAGUUCAACAAGUAAAGUCGGUUCAAUCUCUCAACUUUGAAAAUUGCAUUUUCUCUGACCAAGUCAAUCUUGGAAAAAUUGUAAAAAAUAUAUUCAACGAUACUGUGGAACAAUUGAGCUUCACGAUAUGUACGAAUUUAGAAACAGUAUUGACUCAAGAGAGUUUAAAAGAUUUUAAGAAGCUCAGAAUUCUUGAUCUGCAAGGGAAUAGUCUAUCAAGUUUAACUAGUGAACCAUUUAAGGAACUUUCAAAUCUCACAGAAUUGAAUUUUGCUAUCAAUGAUUUGACGGAAUUACCAUCAAAAUUUUUAAACAUUCCGAGUCUUGAAGCAAUUGAACUAGGUUUUAAUAAAUUAAAGAUAAUUAAACGAUCGAACUUUGAAAAUCUCGGACACCUAGUUUUUUUAAAUUUAUGGAAGAACGAUAUUACCGAAAUUGAAGCAAAUGCUUUCGACUAUACUCUUGGCCUCAAAUCAAUUGACUUACAUGGCAAUAAAUUGAGAAGUAUACCACAGGGUAUUUUUUCGAGGUUAUCGAAACUCAAAACAAUUAAUUUGUCGUUAAAUAAUUUCACCAAUGACUCAUUCCCAGAAGAUUUGUUCCGUUACAACAACAGGUUGGAAACUUUAACAAUGACUAGUAAUCAUCGUAAUAUCACAACUCUACCAAGUGGAUUCUUGAGUAAUUUAACUAGCUUAAAAAAAAUAAAUAUGGAAAAUAAUGGAUUUCAUCAAAUGCCAGAAGAUUUUCUUUGGGGAACAACGAGCCUUACAACUAUAAAACUGCAAGAUAAUUAUAUUUCAACAAUACCACGAUACUUCUUCAGAGAUUUAAAAAAUUUGAAGUUUUUAGACAUGAGCGGAAAUACAAUUGAUCAUCUACCUAAUGACGUUUUUGAAUCGUUGAGGCAACUUACGAAUUUAAAUUUAGCCAAAAAUCGGAUUAAAUAUCUAAGCUCAAAUCAUCUAACUGGAUUGUCAUCACUCGAAACUUUGAAUAUGGAACGAAAUAAUAUGGUUCAAAUUGAUGGGCAUGCAUUCAAGGACUUGGCAAAGUUAAAAGUUGCGUAUUUCUCUUACAAUCAACUCAAUUUGACAAACAAAGACUUGAGAGAUGCAUAUGGUUAUCGAUCACCAUUCUAUAAAUGUGUAUCUACGAUAGAAGAGAUAUAUGUCGAUCAUAAUAACAUUGUAGAUAUGUUUCAAGACUGGACUGAAAUGACCCAUUUGAAGAUAUUAAAUGUGUCUCAUAACAAAAUAUUUUAUUUACAUGCAAGAGAUUUGACAUUAUCGUCUAAAAAAGCUGAAGUAGAUUUGACAUACAAUAUGAUUGAGUCUAUCAAUAUGUAUAAAAACGUCUACGAAAAAUUGAUUGAAAAUUACUCUCAUGAUGCAGUCAUAGACAUCGGAAAUAAUCCACUCAAAUGUGACUGUCAAAUAUAUGAUCUUCUUCAAUAUUUUGAAGGAGAGCUUUCUUAUCAACGCCAAAGAUUUAAUUUAAAAGUUGAUGAUUUAAAAUGUGACUCACCCCAAAAAAUGAAAGGUCUCGCAGUAAAAAACUUGAACUCUAAAAACUUCACUUGUGUCUAUCGUGAUUCAGAAGUCAACGAUAAUAAAUCCUGUCCAAACCAGUGUGAGUGCACAACAAGACAGUCAGAUAAAGCUUUUUUAGUGAAUUGUUCAUACCGUGGAUUAAGGGAAGCUCCUCAAUCUUUCAACAAUCCAGGUCAUUACGUUGAAAUGGAUUUAUCAGGAAAUUUUUUAAAGACAAUGCCUUCACUGAACCAAAAAGGGUAUGAAAAUAUUACAAUUUUACGGCUAAACAAUAACAAUAUCAGCAGUAUUGACGCUAAUAAUUUAUCAGAUACAUUAGAAGAAUUAUAUUUGGAUAACAAUAACAUGACUGAAUUGGACGGUAAGGUUUGGAAAAAAUUGGCGAAUUCAACAAAAAUCAAACACCUUACUUUGCACGAAAACGAGUGGAAAUGUGAUUGUGAAACUCGAGAUUUAAUUGACUUUGUUCAGCAUAAAAGAGUGAAGAUUCCGGAAUUAGAAAAGGUCUAUUGUCAUAAAGCUAAGAGACCUAUUUUUUCAACUCCAAUAGAUGAAUUUUGUCCAUCCGAUCUAUAUUGGUUAAUUGGAAUUUGUGUCAGCAUUGCUUUGUUUGGAAUCCUUAUUGGCGGAAUCUCAGCACUGUACUACCGCUAUCAACACGAAAUAAAAGUCUGGCUAUACGCCCAUCAGUGGUGUCUCUGGUUUGUCACUGAAUCCGAGCUUGACAAGGACAAAACCUAUGACGCAUUUAUAAGCUUUUCUCACAAAGAUGAAGAGUUUAUAGUGAACGAAUUAGUUCCAAAACUUGAACAAGGACCGAAACCAUUCAAAAUAUGCGUGCAUUAUCGUGACUGGAUGGUCGGUGAAUGGAUUCCACAACAAAUUGCGCGGUCGGUUGAUGAAUCACGGCGAACAAUCGUUGUUCUCUCACCAAAUUUCUUGGAAAGUAUAUGGGGUAAAAUGGAAUUCCGUGCAGCUCACAAUCAAGCUCUUAGUGACGGUCGAGCUAGAGUUAUUGUUAUUCUGUACGGUGACAUUCAGCCAUCUGAUAUCACUGAUCCUGAACUCAAAGCUUAUCUUACUAUGAACACCUACGUCCAGUGGGGUGAUCCGUGGUUCUGGAACAAACUUAGAUAUGCUCUUCCUCACUGUAAAAUGAAAAAAGUUAAAAAGAAUAAUAUAUUCGAAAACCACCAACCAACUAUAAAGAAAGUAGAUAAGAAAUAUAACGAGUCGAUAUCGUAGUCAUUGAUUUCAAGUUUACAUCAAUGGAGUUCUGAUAACUAAUUGUAAAAAUUAAUUUUAUUAUAAUAAGAAACUAAUUUAAAUCUA